AUGAAGCCCAGUGUUUCCUUCGCUGCUCUCAGCUUCGGUGCACUGGCGUCGGCUGGAUUCGUUCCGGCUGAUCGACGUUCACCCCUCGCAUCUCCCUCGUUUUCAUCAUUGAUUCGACAUUCCGGUCGUGGCCCACCGACUCCUGCCUUCCCAACCCCCCACAAUACACCAUCUCGUCUCUUCAAUUUGACCGCUGAGGGUCCCACGUGUGCGAAUGGUCCCAUCCGACAGAUUGAAAAUGGACAAAACCGUAUUGGUGGAGAUGAUGGCGUCGGCACAUACCUCCUCAAGGAUGGCAAGAUAUUUGACAUGUCCCGUCGUGGUUGCACGUUGACACCCCCGACCAAUCAAUGGCAGUGCAAUGAGGGUGUCCUCCCAUCCCCCGGUUUCGGCAUCUCCAAGGACGGCCUGCUCACGUACCUUGACCGCACUACGUUUUGGGCUUGUCCAGUCAAUGACUUCUGCGUCUGGAACACGUACUCCGAGCCUAUCAAGAACCAGUUGAAGUGUGUUGAGAUCAAACUUCGUGCGCAAGAGCGUGGACAGUCAGGCGGAAAAUCCUCCGAGUUACCCAAGGAGCGGCCUCAAACUCCAUCGCAGCCUAGUCCCGGACCCGAUGGUCCCGUUCCUUGGGGUAAACCAGCGCCACCUCCGUCCCCCAUUCCCACAAGCCGAGUGGGAGAGUCCUCUGCGGCGCGUUCACAAACAGCGAAUCCCCGUGAGCAGCCAGCGCCAGUCGACCAACCUUCGUACACGUCAGCCUGUCCCGAGAAGUCGACGCAGACCGGGCGGUCUUCGCAAGCACCAUGCGUAGCGGAGCAGCCAACGCCAGUCGGCCAACCUUCAUCCACGUCAGCCUGUCCCGAGAAGUCGACGCAGACCGGACGGUCUUCAGAAGCACCAUGCGUAGCGGAGCAGCCAGCAACCACCCCCCAAUCUCCUUGCCCUCUGGACCUCGAAGGCAAAGUUGUAUACCCAGAGCCCAUCAUUCCCGUCUCGGAACAUCUACCUCACACCGCCCUCGGAGCGCACAGCAAUGGUACCAUCGCCCCCGGCGUCUGCAGCUUGUAUGACUUCAAGAUUGACGCGAAGCAGGAGGGCAAGAAAUGUACCCUCAUGUUCCUUCUCCCGAAGCAGGGUCCGGAGAACGAGAGGCUGUUUACGUUUGGUCAUUUUGACCUCAGCGGACGGUACGAACUCAAAGGCAAAGGAAACCUCUACUUCUUUUGGCUUGAGGAUUUUGCCGACGAAAAGACAACAUGGGCAAACAAAUCCAAGGCAAGUCCCUUUGAGAUUGGCCCGCAACCAAUCAAGCCAGGAAGCAGCAUCGCGGUCCACACAGGCGACUGUCCCGCUGGCGAGAAGUUCACCGUCCAGAUCUGUGGGGAUGGCAAUCUCAAGCUGGAGUAUGAGCAGGGCACUGGCGAAGACUCCAUGGGACUGUUUAUCAGGGUGUGCUAG